AUUUGUAUUGUUUUCACUUUUGUUGUCUCUUGAUCUCUAACCUUAAAAAUCGUACACCGUUUAAAUCACAACAAAAGUUAUCUUCAAGAAGAACAAUUUAUAAAAUUAGCUACAAGGUACGAAUUCUGUGCAUAUCGAUCUGUUUAUUACGAGUAAAGGAUAUUUGUGCACUCUUCAAACAGAAACAUUUUACUUAGUUACUCAAUAUGAAGACUGUUACAAUGGUAGCUCCUGUGAAUAUAGCUGUAAUAAAAUAUUGGGGUAAACGUGACGAAGAAUUAAUAUUACCAAUAAAUGACUCAAUCAGUGGAACAUUAAGCACAGAUUUUAUGUGUGCAAAAACUACAAUUCAGGCAAGUCCUCAGUUUAAAGAAAAUAAAUUCUGGUUGAAUGGUAAAGAGCAAAACUUUGAUAGCCCACGACUCGAUAGCUGUUUAAAAGAAGUAAAAAGAAGAGCAAGUCCUUCGUGUCCGAUUUUAAAUUGGAAAAUUGCAAUAUGUUCGGAAAAUAAUUUCCCAACAGCUGCUGGUUUGGCAUCGUCAGCUGCUGGCUAUGCUUGCCUAGUAGCAGCUCUAGCUAAGCUUUAUAAAAUCGAAGGUGAUAUUUCCAGCAUAGCAAGAAGGGGAUCAGGAAGUGCUUGCAGGAGCAUUUACGGUGGUUGGGUUCAAUGGAUCAAGGGAGAUCGUCCAACUGGAGAAGAUUCUAUAGCAAUUCAGUUAGCACCAGUAGCUCAUUGGCCAGAAAUGAGAGUUCUAAUUCUUGUGGUGAACGAUGAAAGAAAAAAAUACAGUUCAACUUCUGGCAUGAAAAAAAGUGUAGAAACAUCAGACCUUCUUAAAUAUAGAGCCAGCGAAUGCGUACCGAAAAGAGUAGAAGCUAUGAAAGAGGCCAUAUUUCGAAAAGAUUUUGAAUCUUUCGCUAAGAUUACAAUGGAAGAUUCGAAUCAGUUUCAUGCUAUUUGUUUGGACACGUUUCCUCCGUGUGUUUACAUGAACGAUACCUCUCAUUCUAUUUCUGAUGUUGUUCAUACUUAUAAUGAAUGCAAAUCUUCUAAUAGGGUUGCUUAUACAUUUGAUGCUGGUCCCAAUGCAUGUAUAUACUUACUAGAAUCCGAGACAGAAGAAUUUUUGUCUGUGAUUAAUUAUGUAUUUCCUCCCUCUUCAAAUACAGGAUAUUUGAAAGGACUUCAAGUUAGGCAAAAACCAAUAAACAAGGAACUCGAGAUGAUGUUUCAAGAAAAGAAGCAUAGACCUGGUGCUCUUAAAUAUAUUAUUCACACAAAAAUCGGCGAUGGUCCAAGAAUGGUAGAAGAUAGUUUAUUGAACGACGCAGGUCUUCCAAAGAAUUUAUAGAUAAAUCGACCUUUAGGUUUUAAUAUAUUUUAUAAUAUUGGUUUUUAUGGUUAUAUAAUAAAUAUGUUACAUUUUUACAUUUAUUUACUUUCCUCUUUUUUACUAUUCACUCUUACAUCAAAAGUAGAGGUAAGUUACAUAAUAAACUUUUGAUACAGUUUUUCACAAUAAAAAAAAAACAUAUUUAGUUAUUAAUGCUACUAGACAACAAAUAUUUGAGGCUUAACUUAAUGGCUUAGUACGUCGAUUCCUC